UGGCGCUCUGCGGUCUUGUGUGGACUGGAAGGUGAGACCACGCAAACAUAAAACGAUCGCUGAGGCUCUUCAUCCCGUCCAAAAAGGAAGAUCGAUGAGGCCAUCAAUCCUUCGCUUGCCGUUGCUUCUGUGAUUUCAGAUUGACGCUCCGCUCCUCUGAUACUGGAAAGGACAAUGGGUUUAUCAUCUCCUGCUAUUUCCAAGGAAGCCAUUCAAUUAUGCGUAUUUGAUUUGAGGAGAGGACAGCAUGAAGGGCAAGAGCUGGAUAAGAUUUUGUUUUUCUUCCCAGCAGAUUUGCCCUUCUCAAAACAACUUUCCGUUAUUGGGCUUAGUGAAGGACUGAUUACAUUUACAAGAAUUUUCUCUCCAGAGGCUGCAUGUGAAGUCAUUGAAGCAGAAAGACAUUCUCACAUCUUUUAUGAGGCAGAACCAGAUAUAUGGAUGGUGAUGGUAAUUGAGAAAAAUAAUGAUGCAGAACCUAUAUGGCGGGAUGAUGCAUUGAGAAAGGUUCUCAAAGAAAUACAUUCGCUUUUUGUUAUGUUUCAUGGAACUGUAAGGGCUAUGAUUGAGAAAGAACCUAGUGGAGGACUUGUCAGACGUCAUUUGUAUUCUUUUGUCAUGGACUAUUUGAGGGCGUGUAAAAAGCGGUCUCCAUGGGAUAAUUGCUGCUGUGAUUUUCUUGUGGGGAAAAAGCUUCUUUUACCAUCAUUUCAUGACUGUUUGAAGGAACGAGGGACGGUGCAGAUGCUGUCAGUAGGUCGGGAGGCUGCUAUUGAGGUUCAGUCACUUGUUCGAGUGCUGGAAUCUUCAGCUGGAAACACUCCCUGCCAUUCAUUGAUUUUAUUUCACGAUCUGCUGGUGUCCACAACUCUCUCUCCUGAUGACACUGUAAACUUAUUUACAUAUGCUGUUCUAAGGUUAACCCCCCGUGCUUUGUCCUCUGGAGUAAGUUCCUGGUCCUACUUACGCAAAGGCAAUGCUGCAUCUAAUGCUGCUGCUGGAUCUGACUUGACCCAUCCAAGCUCUUUUUCAGAAAGCUUUUACGGCUCAUCUGAUAUAUCCCCAGGUGGGGAUAGUCACUAUCAUGUUGUGAGGCCCUUACAGCCGGACAAGUGGUCCAAAGGAAAAGAUGGUUACCUUGUCACUGAUUUAUGGGGUGCUGAGGUUGGUACAUGGGCAUUUGCCACUCCAACGGUUGGGUUGUCACAGACAGAGGAGAGAAUGUAUCUCUGUGCAUAUCAGCAUAGAAGCCUUACUUUGAUUGUUCUUCUUCCUGUAUCCUCCAUUAUUAAUGGGGAGCAAGGUGUGUCGGUGGCCAAGCAACAAAUACUUGAACAUUCAGCACUUAAGAUAUUGAAAGUUGAAGAGAAGCUAUCAAAAGGAUGGGGAGGUGAAAAUGCAUAUCAUGUCAGCGGAUAUCGCUAUUUAUUAGUGGAUGGUGACCGAAAUGUGUCCAGGGCCUCCCCAGCAGCAAAAGUUACCACUUUGACCAAGGAAUCUUUACUUUCUAUGAAUAAGCUUAGGCAAGAAGUUGAGUUGGAGAAGAGUAGAGCGAAGCACGAUGGCUCUGGUUGCGAGAAGGACCUAGAGAUGUGCAUUAGAGCAAAAAAUAAUGCCUGGGUUAUUGCUAGAGUGACAAGAGGGAAGGAGCUUUACAUGGUUCUAGAGAAAGCUAAUGAAACCCUUCUUUUUGCGUCCGAUGCUGUUGAAAGGUUCAGUAAUAGGUAUUGUGAUGGAGCUUUUUCUCUGGACUAAAACCGCUCUCUAUGGAGCUUGCAUAGCAUUCUCCUAACUUCUCCUUAUUGAGUCAUACUUUUCCACUGCUAAAUUUGCUAACAAGGAAGUUCACGAAAGAGUGAAGAAUCAUGCUCUGUUUGUAUGUACAUAAGUUUUGUUCUGGAGCACCAUUUGCGACCCGUCUGCACUAUAGAGAUGACUGACUGUAUAAGCCAUUCUUUUCAAGACGUUUUAUUUCGCAAAACGGGGGAGAUUCUCUCCUGGAUGUAAUUCUAGGAAAGAGCUUGCAAAUUGUAUCUUGAUUUAGGAUUUAGCUUUGUGGCUAGUUAAUUCUUUGAACUUAUGAUGGUCAUUCCGUGCUAAA